CUGUUGCAGAAGAUAAACCCCUCCCAGAGCCAGGCUGUGGCCAGAGGCUAACACGGACCCUGGCUUCGUUUAGAGGGCAGAUAACUGAAACCACAAGAAGGCUUUGGAAUCCCGAGAAACAAGAAAUCCACCAACGGAGAAGGAUUUAUCAUCUGUUUCCUUUAAGGAGGGUGUAAAGUUGUUCUAACAGAUUCCGUUACAAGGGUACCAACUGGCCGCUCCCCACCAUAAACGGUUUUGUUGAGUUCGCCUCUUUUUUUUUCUUUUUCGGCCCCAAAAAGAGAGAAACUGCUUGAGUGAGGGAGGUGAAAGAAGUCUUGGAGGGUGUUCUCUGAGGUUUUCCUCACCAUCCUCAUUAGCCAUCUGAGGAGGGGCAGAGGACUGAAGUAGGACAGAAGGUCUCUGGUAGCUAGAGGAGGGGAAAAUCAGGGGAUCCCCCACUUUCUUCACACCCAGGACGCAGGGUGCCGCUGCCGGCCACAGAAACCCCAAGAAUGCUUUUCUUUGGCUAUUCAGAGGACAUCUAUUGUGUGCCAGGCCCUGUGCUGAGCUGUUGUUGCCUGACAGCAGUAAGAGCGCGGCUCCGGCUUCUGUGAAGAGGCUGCGGGUCAGCCCCCAACUACUAGAGCCUCAGCCCACACCGAGAACUCAUGUGAAUGUCAGCGGGAAGGAACCGGGGCAAGACCACUGACUCAAACAGCAGCCUUGGCUCACUAUUUGAAGGCGGGGUGGCGGGGGGCAUUGAAGGAGAGCGAAGUGCGAGAGAACUCUUCAGGUGUCACCAAGGUGGGAAGAUGCUAUGCGGCGAGGCGCCGAGCGAUGUCCCCCGCCCCACUCGCCCGGAGUCAACAUGGCCGGCCCGGAGGGAGGCGGGGCUGCUCCAAGUCCGGGCAGGAGCGGGGCGGGGACGCCGUCGGCGGAGCCAGCGCGCAGGCGCGGGCCGCGUGGGUCCCGGAUGGAGGAGCUGAGAAGCCUGAGGGAGCUCAAUCCUGGUAGCAACACCCCUGAAUUCCUGGUGGUGAGAGGAUGUGGCCCCAGGAUCCAUCCCGGAAGGAGGUGCUGAGGUUUGCAGUCAGCUGCCGUAUCCUGACUCUGAUACUCCAGGCCCUCUUCAAUGCCAUCAUCCCAGAUCACCAUGCAGAAGCCUUCUCUCCUCCUCGCCUGGCCCCCUUAGGCUUUGUGGACCAACUUGUGGAAGGUCUUCUGGGUGGCCUGUCUCGCUGGGAUGCUGAACACUUCCUGUUCAUUGCCGAGCAUGGCUAUCUGUAUGAGCACAACUUUGCCUUCUUUCCUGGUUUCCCCUUGGCUCUGCUGGUGGGGACUGAACUGCUGAGACCCUUACGGGGGUUACUGAGUCUACGCAGUUGCCUGCUGAUUUCAGCCGCAUCACUCAAUUUCUUGUUCUUCAUGUUGGCCGCAGUUGCUCUUCAUGACCUGGGUUGUCUGGUUUUGCACUGUCCCCGCCAGGCCUUUUAUGCAGCUCUGCUCUUCUGUCUCAGCCCUGCCAAUGUCUUCCUGGCAGCCGGUUACUCAGAAGCUUUGUUUGCCCUCCUGACAUUCAGCGCCAUGGGGCAGCUGGAGAGGGGCCGAGUCUGGACUAGUGGACUCCUCUUUGCCAUUGCUACUGGGGUGCGCUCCAACGGGCUGGUCAAUGUUGGCUUCCUCAUGCAUUCUCAGUGCCAAGGCUUUUUCUCUUCUCUUACGAUGCUGAAUCCCCUGAGACAGCUCCUUAAGCUGAUGGCCUCUCUGUUUCUGUCAGUGUUCACACUUGGCCUUCCCUUUGCCCUCUUUCAGUAUUAUGCUUACACUCAAUUCUGUCUGCCAGGCUCAGCCCGCCCCAUUCCUGAGCCCUUGAUACAGUUAGCUGUAGACAAAGACUACCGGAUUGCAGAGGGAAAUGAACCGCCUUGGUGCUUCUGGGAUGUUCCACUAAUGUACAGCUAUAUCCAGGAUGUCUACUGGAAUGUUGGCUUUUUGAAAUACUAUGAGCUCAGGCAGGUGCCCAAUUUUCUACUGGCUACACCAGUGGCUAUACUGGUUGCCUGGGCAACUUGGACAUAUGUGACCACCCACCCUUGGCUCUGCCUUACACUUGGGCUGCAAAGGAGGAAGAACAAUAAGACCCUAAAGAAGCCCGAUCUUGGAUUCCUCGGUCCUCAGGUGUUUGUGUACCUGGUCCAUGCUGCAGUGCUGCUGCUGUUUGGAGGUCUGUGCAUGCAUGUUCAGGUUCUCACCAGGUUUUUGGGCUCCUCCACUCCUAUUGUGUACUGGUUUCCAGCUCACUUGCUUCAGGAUCAAGAGCCGCUGUUGAGGUCCUUAAAGACUGUGCCUUCGAAGCCUCUAACAGAGGACUCCCCACCAGGACAAAAGGUCCCUAGAAAUCCUAUCAUGGGACUUUUGUAUCAUUGGAAAAUCUGUUCUCCAGUCACACGAUACAUUCUAGGCUACUUCCUGACUUACUGGCUCCUGGGACUACUCCUUCAUUGCAACUUCCUGCCUUGGACAUGACCGGGACUCUCCAGGGACAGGCUGAAAGCCGACUUAACCCAGGGGUCUGAAAGUAAAACUACACGUUGGAACUGCCUGUGCUGCCUUGGGAUCAUUGCUGUGUCCAUUAUAAUCUCUCUCUUUGAAAGCUGGUCGGGAAUGGGAGAAGUGUCAGCCACUAGAGAGCCCCUUCUGGUCCUGGCUAGGGCAAAUUUUAGAGUAACAAUAUUUUCUGUAACUGAAGAUUGUCUUAUUCCAAGUCUGAAGUACACCUGGAUCUGUCUAGUCAAUCAACAUAGCAGAGACAGUCUUAAACCUACCACUGACCUGCGUGUAAUUUAAAUAUCAAUUAUUGAAAUGUAAAUUUCAUCAAAGCUAUUAACUGACAGGCAGCUAACAGUCCACACAAGAUGGUACAGGCCUAAACAGUGUAGUGGCAGUAGUGAAGUGGGACCAUUUUUUCUAACUGGGACAUUGUUUCUGAUGAAUUUUUUUAAUGAUUUGUGCAUUUAUUUUUAUUUAUAUGAAAAAAUCUUACAAAGAUAUAUAAAUAAAACUUCUUUCAGUUA